AUGGCCGUCCGUCCCACGGUGGCCCUCCUUGGAGCCAUUGCUCUGGCUUCAUCUGCCCAAGCUAUUGCCCUUCCCAGCGCAAAGAUAUCUCUUUCUAUCCCCGCCACUGUGGAGGCAGGUGGACUAAGCAAUAUUUACGUGGACUACCAUUUCCCCGUGGAUGGCCAUUUCGCCAUUCAUUAUGGAGGCUGCGAUGUGUCUUCAUCUCAUCCUUCUCUGGCUUACCACGAGGUCGGAUCAACUUACAUUGGAAACCACCAUCUGGCACGUCGAAACCUGGACUGGGAGGAUCAACGGCCCAGUCGAUUUGUUUGGGUCACUCCCAAGGACAUUCUGGGUGAGGGUUGUCUCCAUGCGUACUCGGAAAAUGAAUGGAUCGGCUCGUCUUCACCAAUUAAUGUUGCCACCAUGAAGGCCAAGCGUGCGCACGAGAUCUCUAUCGAUUUGGCAGACAUUUCGGAUGUCGAGGGGCCGUGGUUCGAUGGCGUCGCUUACCUGAAAGCGAAGGAGCCCAACCGGCGAUUCGUUGCGAAGGCCAAGGCGAAGGAGAUCGGUAUCCUGGGAGGUGGUAUGUCUGGGUUGAUGACAUCGCUUCUUCUUGACUCUGUUGGAAUCAAGAACUGGAAGAUUAUCGAGUCGACCGGCCGCGUCGGCGGACGAAUCCACACUAGCUAUCUUAAUAACACGCGCCCUGACCAGUACCAGUAUCAGGAAAUGGGGCCGAUGCGAUUCCCCGUCAAUAUCACUUACGCGGGUACGGAUGAGGUUAUCGAAAUCCAAGACCACAAGAUGGUCUUCCAGUUGGCGGACUACGUGAAUAAACUUAACCACCAUAAUCCGGAUCUGGAAGUCAACUUCAUCCAAUGGAUCGAAAGCGCUGCCAAUGACCCGGUCAGUACAGAUAAGCGCCGACCAGAUGGUACUGUUCCUGGAAAUGCCGAAGUGCAAGCCAACAAGAGCCUCGAAGCCACCCCCGAGCCAUCGACUGCGGCCGCUGCACCUUAUGCUUCCAAGGUCGAAGAAUGGUUGACUCUGAACAAGAAGAACCUCACUGAGAUGGCUACUAAUGUGUUUAAAGCACAUAAGAAGGCUGUGGAUGCGGGUUACUUGGGCUGGUCGGAGUCCAACUACCUGAGAUAUUACCUCGGGGCCAACGUCAACAUAACGGAUCAAGUGGACUCCUUGGCUGAUAGCUAUGAUAGCUGGCUCUACGAUAAUGUCUACUUCUCUGCCACGCAGUGGAAGACAAUCGAUAAGGGUUUGAGUAGCUUGCCGCUGGCCAUCACACCCCUGGUAGAGGACCGAACUCUCUUCUACAGCGUCGUCAACCGUAUGGACUGGGAUGAGGACAAGGAGAAGAUGACGGUGUACUACCGCCCCCGCAAUGAUUCCUGGGCUGAAUACUCCAUGGUUCUCAACAAUGCGAUUCAGCGCUAUGAAUAUGAAUCUGCGUGCAAGGUGGCCCUGAUGUAUAAGACACGUUUCUGGGAACAUAUGGAGUAUCCGAUUAUUGGCGGCUGUGGCUCUGUCAACAUCACCGGUAUUGGCAGUAUCUGCUACCCUUCAUACAACAUCAAUGGCACCGGCCCCGGUGUCCUCCUAGCCUCAUAUGAAGAGGGUGCUGGGGCCCUUGCUACUACGGCCUUCAGUGAAAGCGACCACGUUGCUUUCGUCCAGCGUGCAAUGAUCGAUGUCCACGGUGAGAUUGCCAAGGAGCAAUACACUGGCAUCUAUGACCGUGUCUGCUGGGCCACCAUGCCUGACCAAGGUGCUUCCUGGGCUGCCCCUGAUGCUGGCCAGCAGGAACUGUAUAUUCCUGCUUUCUUCCAAACCGAGAUGAAUACUGUGUUUGUUGGAGAGCACACCAGCUAUACCCACGCCUGGAUCUUCAGCGCCUUAGAGAGCGCGGUCCGCGGCACGACGCAGCUGUUGCUGGACAUGGGAUUGGUUGAUGAAGCUAAGCAAAUCACCAACCAGUGGAUGGCGCGGUGGAUCAGUAUUUAA